AUGCCGCCGCCGCCGCCGUCGCCGUGGCGGCGUGGCUCCUUCUCGGACUCCGGCUCCGACUCGGAGGAUUCCUCGCUCUCGGACUCGGAGGACGGCCUGAAGCAGUGCCUGGCCGAAUUCAGGCAGCAGCUCUCGUGGGUGGAGAGGCUGGACGUGACUCUGGGCCCGGUCGCGGACCCCGUUUCUCAGAGCGCCUCUGCGUCUGAUGAUGUUGACCCGGAGAAUGAUUUCCAGAGAGAGAUGAGUUUCUACCGGCAGGCGCAGGCGGCCGUCCUGGAAGCGCUCCCCAGGCUGCGUAAGCUCCAAGUUCCCACGAGGAGGCCGGAUGAUUACUUUGCAGAGAUGGCCAAAUCAGACCAACAGAUGCAGAAGAUUCGACAGAAACUUAAGAGUAAACAGGAAGCAAUGGAAAGGUCUGAGAAAGCAAAACAGCUCCGUGCAAUGAGAAAAUACGGCAAGAAGGUGCAAGUUGAGGUCCUGCAGAGGAGACAAAAGGAGAAGAAAAAUAUGUUGAAUGCAGUCAAGAAAUACCAGAAAGGUCUCUCUGACAAGCUGGACUUCCUAGAUGAAGAGCAGACAUCAUCUCAAGGGAAUAAAAAAGGCAAUGCAAAUCAACGGACAAAGAAGGGACCAAAUGCCAAAAGACGAUACAAAAAUCAGAAGUUUGGUUUUGGUGGGAAGAAGAAGGGCUCAAAGUGGAACACAAAGGAGAGUUUUAAUGACGUAUCCAGCUUCCAGUCAAAAGUGGCUCACAACAAAGGCCCAGGAAAAGGAGGAAGAGGAGGAAAAGGAGGGAAAAAAGCCCUUAAUAAGAGACCUGGAAAGAGAGCAAGGCAGAAAAUGAAGAACCGAGCCCGCUAA